CGGGUAUUAAAUACCUGCACACUUUUAGUUACCGCACCCUGUACUCAGAGUAUACGAAUUACCUGCACCAAAUUUGUUAAGAAAAAACACCGAGCUAUGAUACAAGUUCUAGAUAAAGAAUGUCUAAUUACAAAAGUUGAAGCAGGAAGUAUUAUUAUAACACUGAAAGGCUGUGGGCAAUAUUCCUUACGACGAUUGUUUGCCAAAGGCGUUCAGGGUCCAGUAACAAACAUAUUGCGUCAUAUAUUCCUUCUUCCAAAUAUAAGAAAAUUAAUCCCUAUAAACGGAUUAGAAUUUGAGUUGACAUUAAAAUGUCUUCCACCAGAGCAGCAUACAGAAAGGAAAAGUAAUUCAGACCUCGUCAUUACACAUAUGGAAUUUCUUCUGGAGGAGUUGGAUGCUUUGAGCUUUCUUACGACGUUAAAGGAAAAGGCAUCACUUACAGACGAAGAGGUAAAGACAAUUUUGAGCACUAAACCAAUGUCACGUAAGACUAGGACAAAGGCAAUGCUUGAAAAACUUCUUGAAAAAGAUACGGUUGAUGACUUCGUUGAUGUUCUAAAGAAAAAGAAAACGUAUGUUUGGCAGCAUGUCUUCCAGGCUGUCGACAAGCGUUUACUUAUUCCUACCAACGCUGUCGCAAAAUCAUACAAUGAGUUGGUGGACAAUAUGUGUCCAAAGCUUAUAUCUGAAGAAUGCUGCACAACUACAUUUAUCCUAUCGGAUUUAGAUAGUUCUUGGAGCAGAGAGAGACAAGCCAGAUACGUCUUGCAGCAAGUUCUUAAACAAGACUUCGACACAAAGCUUCACUUUGUCAGUAUCAUUUUCUUGUAUGACCAUAUUCCUCCCGAGAUUACGUCUAAGGCAACCAAACGUAUGCAAAAGUCAGCACCCAGAAAAGCUGGCCAGAAAACUGAUCAGAGACCAAAAAUUCAACCUACUGAGAUUUUUGUUGGAGAUUUCGUUGUGUCUACAAAUGAAAGAAAAGGAAAGAAGCCCGUAAAAGCAUACUGUAACAGUCCACUCAAUCCAAUUUCAUUUACAAGGUCUAUUACACGUCGACUGGAGAAAACUACUAGAAAAGACAAAGCCGGACAAGAUACGACUUUCUGCUAGUGACGUAUCUAAAUCUCGAAUUAAUGCUAAUUUGAGGAUGAAUCAUGAACGCUUUGGAAAUGGACAGAAUUGCAAAUCUUGAAAUAUACUUUGCUUAAAAAUACAGUAUAUAGGAAGUAGAUUGGUCACCAUUAUAUUGUGUUAAUCUACCAUGCUAGAUUUAUUUCACAUUUAGUUGGGUUGUCGUCAUUUUCCUUGAAAAUGAUGCAUAGCCGUUCGGUUUGAAUAUUUUAGAAUGCAAACUAUGUCUUUUUGGCUGAUACCAUUUAAAGUUAUUUUAUUUACAUUGCUGUGUCUUCCUAUCUCAACAUUCAGUAAUGUGUAUGACUUUCUUUUGAUAUUUCUACUUAUUAUAUACCUAUUUAAAUUCUGUCAAAAUACAGAUUGUAUUUCACAAGGAAAUAUGAAUAGUCUGAAAAAAAUCCCGUAUUGUACCUCCGUACUAUAUAUUGCCGUACUACUUUCAUUAAAUAUGCAUGAGCUGACACGGUUAUAUAAAUAGCGCACACAAAAACGUCACCCAUUUCAUUUUUACAUCAACAAAUAUUUAAGAUUUCGUUCGAUUACAAAUAGGCAAACAAAAGGUGGAGGUAUAUAAUAAAACAGUCAUUACAACUGUAGAUUGAUCUGGGAUUUUGUAUCCUGCUCUCGUGGAUUUUACAAGGACUGAUCACACUUGGCGUAUGCGCACCUCGUGAGACCCAAUCUUGCAAAAUCCACUCGAGCCGAAUACAAAAUCCCAGAUCGGGCUACUUUUAUAAUAACCUUAUUUUAUGAAAUUAUGAUUUUUGCUGCUUUGUUGUUAUGGUAUUCAUAAAUGGUAUAUCGUAAAUGGAUGUAUUUGUAUUGAUCUCGCAAAGUGAAAUGCAAUGAAUUCUAUUUCAGUCAUUAUAUUAUAAAGACUACCUGGCUGAAUAUUUCACGAUUUUAAUUUUAUCUUUAAGUUUUUUCACAUAAAGGUAUAGAUUGAUGUUGAUCUUUAUAUCUGAAACUAUCAUUGAGAAUAUAUUGUGUGAGGUCAAAUGUAUCAAACGUAUCUCUUUAUUUCAAAAGUGACGUUUUCAGAUCUUAUAUACCUUACUCAUGGAAAACCCGUACUUGUCUACCGUACUUAGAUGGUCAUGAUUUUUGCGUUUUAAAUAUAUAAUAGUACGGCCUUUUAUAAGUAAUUUAAAAUUUAUUGUCAGCUUUGGAGGACACAUUUUAAGAAUGUCAGAUUCAUGUCAGGUUCAUAACUUUACCAUUCAUGAACGGAUUUCAAAACCACUUUGCCCAAAGAUUUUCCACAACGACGUGUGGCAUGCAAAACCCAUCCCCUGUCUUAAAGGCCCAGGUCACACUUAAAAGUCAAAGAUGUUAGGUCAAUUCUUUGUAUUGUCAAUAACUUCAUUUUUCGUGCAUGGAUAUUCAAGAAAAUAGGCACAAACAAUCAACAGAAAAACUGAUUUGUCUCAUGUAAGGCCAAGACCUCUAGCUCGAGGUCAAGGUUAAAUUUAGAGAUCAAACCUGUUUGGUACUUUUUGUCUGGUAUGUAAUUUGUUUGUGCAUGGAUAUAUAUUUAAAUAAUUUGGAAUAGAUCUAACUAUUGACCGUUACAAGACAAUUGGUCAUUUGCAUUACCAAGACCCCUCUUGCGAUCCCUCUUGUAAAGGGCAAGGUCACAGACACCCUUAACUUACUUUUUUGUAUUGAAAUGAAAUUGUUAUUAAAUUAAACAAUUAGAAAAAAUGAUUGUUGUCUCAAGAGACUGACUUUGUAAAUACAAUACUUUUUUUAUGUAACAAAGGUAUCAAGCUUUUUAAGUUCCUUUCGUGUAUUAAUGUACAAAAUUUGAAUGGAGUUUGCCAAACUAUUGUUUAUUGUUAAGUUUAUGUUUGUUUAUUUUUUUGUUUGUUUGUUUGUUGUUUUUUUGUUGUUGUUGUUGUUUUGGUUAUGUGCUAGUUUUACGACCCUGUGCUCAUUAUUCAUGCGUAUCUGCAUUUAUGUUUGUUUUGUUUAAUAAAAGUCACAUCAGCAAUUGUAUCGCCAUUACAUUUUUUAGAUAAACUAGUUUUAUUACAGCUUUUUACCUAUUCCGGUGUGUUUUAACCCAGCAGCGAUGACCACCUAUGGACAAGGAUCAGCUUGCUUCAGCAAGCAUGUUCUAUAUUACGAAGAUUUGAUUGUAAAAUAAAAUAGUUAUUCAUGCGUCACCAAAUCUGACAUCUCGAGACAGCCAAUAGCAGUGAAAUAAAGCAUCCAAACUCAAAUAAAAAUAUUCGUAGGAUGCUAGGAUAUUAUUCAGACACGGUUUCAAAUAUCAAAUGAGUCUCAAACUGGUCCAGCAGGUGCGUAGCUGCCUUUACGCAGAUACGCAGCUGCAUAGUGAAAAUAUGACAAGCAUACACAAUUAAAUUGGCUAAUCUUUCUGGUUGCAAUAAAAAGUCUAUAUCAUGCAAUGGAGAUUGCUUCAUACGCAAUCAUUGCUUACUUCAUAUUUAUUCUGAACUCCGGUUAUAGCGAACGAACUCAUCGGGACAAAAUGUGUACCAACAUGUUCCUUAGGGCAUUAUUUAUAUAGCAAACUAAUUUAUAUAAUUAAUUGAUUUCACGAUCGUUCACAAUUCACUAAUUGACCAAUUGUCGUAUAGUUUGUAGUUUUGUAACAAUUUAUGUACAGUUUUUGCAAUUUAUUUCGUUUUUGUUUUUAUUUUCGUUUUUAUUUUCUAAUAAUCCUGAACAUGUGAAAUAUUACAAUCUUGCGCCGUCUAUGCAAGCUUUUAUAAUAAAAC